AUGUCAAGAUCAGUCCCAUCGAGCCUCAACAGCUAUCGCCGCAACAGUAAUAAUAAUAGCAAUAACAAUAACAAUAGCAAUAAACCCAAAGAUCGAGUAGACAAAGAGGCAUACAAGAAUCGAGGAAUCGAAGAAUCGAAUUCAUUAUACAAUGGCAAGUGCGGCUCCGGACCCGCUGGACCCGCUGGACCCGCUGGCAACGGCGUCGAUGCUCAUCUCCACAAAUGGGGUCUCAUGAUGAACACAUUCCGUUAUCUACAGGAGCGCAUGCUGCGCAACAGCCUGGAGCGGGCGGUCCUCAAUCACGGCAUUGUCUUCGAGUGCCGCGCGAUCUCUGACAUGGACUUUGGCGAGGAGGUGCAUUUCAAUCUACAAUUGGGCGAUUUACGGGGCUUUCGAAUGCUGGAUGCGCACAAAAAGUUGGCGCUCUUCCUGCACGGCUGGAACGAUCAGGGUAGCAAGGACUGGGUGCAGGAGCUGUUGCGCACCUGGACGCUCUUCGACGAAAGCUACAACGUGUGCGUUGUGGAUUGGGGGCACUUGUCGCAAAUGGAUUACAAGACCGCAUCGAUGUCGAUAUUCGAUGUGGGUCUGACAGUGGCGGGCAUUAUAAUGGCACUGGAGGAGCUGCGUCCGCGUCACUUUCAGCGCAGCAAUGUCACCCUGGCCGGCUAUAGUCUGGGCGCCCAUGCAGCUGGCUAUGCGGGCUCUGUGCUGGGCGGCGAGGUGGAGCAGAUCAUUGGACUGGAUCCGGCGGGUCCGCUCUUCAGUCUACCCGCCGAGGUUUCCCCCGAAUACAGGCUGGACCAGACAGAUGCACAGUUCGUGCAGGUGCUGCACACAUCGGGCGGUACCUUGGGGACCAGUCUGAAGUGCGGCCAUGCCGAUUUCUAUCCGAAUGGUGGCAAGGCCCCGCAAAGCAACUGCAAGAUGUUCAUGCAUCUGCGAGAUAUGCAAAAUACGAAUCCCAUUGCCUGCAGCCACUCCUCGGCGGCCAUAUUCUUCAAGCAGUCCAUGAACCCACAGUUCCCGUUUGUGGGCUACCAGUGUGGCAGUUAUCGUGAGUUUGUUGCCGGCAAGUGUUCGAGCAAUCGGCGGGCCCGUUUCGGCAUCCACUCGCUACGCAAGGCGCAAGGCAAUUUCUACUUCAACACGGAGCCGAACCGGCCAUAUGUGCAACGGCAGAGACAGCGGCUCUGGCCAGCCGUUGGGCGACAGGCGGCCACCGGCCAGCGACAACGUCUGAUAAGAUCCAGCGGUAGACAGAUGGGCGUGGCAGUUCGGGGCGUGAGUCGACUUCGGCAGCGACUGUGGAUGCGGAAUUGGCGGCAACGCGAUCGGUUCCGUUUCCUCUGA